AUAGGAAGCCGACGGAUUUUGUGGGAUUAGCGGGCAGAUUUUGGGGGAGUGCCAUUAUCGGAUGGUUUCUAUUAUGAAUUUUGGUGGCAGUCUUUUAUUUUCAAUUUUUUCGGAUUUUGAUACAAAAGGCUUGGGAAACUAAUACCACAACAAUUUGAUACAAUAUGACUACAAAUAUUAUUUUUUCAAAACUGAAAAUCACUACUAAACAUACAUAACAAGUAACAAAACUAUUACUGGUUAGAACUGAAAUCACUACUAACCAGACCUACUAACUUUCACUACUAAAAUGAAAAACACUACUAAACGGAACUAAAAUCACUAGUGAAAUUAAAAACACUACUACAACUCCAUACACAAUCAUGAAUCAGUACUUACAUUCACAAUCACUACGCACCAAUAUCUGAAAACACUACUGAAGAAACAAUACUACUACCUUUGCAUAUUAAUAGUCUUGAAAAUCACUACUAAUCUGGAUCUAACAAAGAGUAGGCAAGAAAGAGCCAGAUCUGAAAUUCUAAACCCAUACGACGAUGAUGCAGGUGAGGACGGCGAAGGCCGUGCCGAUACAGACAAUGGCACAAUCGAUGCCGAAGUUGACGACGACGAGCAGGCGAGACCGUUGGAGACGCCGAGGAAGGCGGAGGCCACCCAGAUGCAGACGAUGGCGGUGCAGGCGAGGCUGAAGCAGAUGACGACACAAUCAAGGUCGAUUCGUACGACGGGGAAGACGAAGGCGGCGAGGGAGAAAUAAUCGACGAUGGCAAGGCUUUUCAAUGGCCUGACGGAUCGUUGAGUGAAAGGGAGAGGUACAGUUAGAGAGGAAAAUGGGGAAAAAGAAAAGAUAGACGAAAGAGAAGGAAGGACGGUUGGGUCUCUCUCCAAAUACCGCACAACACAACUGGGAUUUACUUAUCCACCUACCAAAAAUGCCCUUUUAACAAACUCACCGUUAGAUUUAUGAAAAAAAUAAAAGAAUGGAGAUGGAAUUAAUUAUUACAGUGCUAACUUAAUUGAUGGUUAGGGGAGCGGUUACGGUGCUAAUUGUACAAUAGUUAGCACCGUCCUAACCAAGGGAAAAACUACUACUAGUUUGAAUUAGUAGUGAUUUAACUUAGAUAUUGUAUUGAUUUUAUAAUAAUCGGUAGUGAUUUCGUUAUUUUUAAUAGCGUUUUUUGCUAGUUAUCACGCUGCUAACCCCUAUAAUGGUUAGCACCUAAUCCCAUCCCGAUGUUUAGCAUCCCAUCCCAUCCCUUGUAUUUUCAACUAUUCUCCGUUCAAUUCCUCUGGAGAGAAGCACAAAAUCAAUUAACUCCUUUGAAUGCGGAACCAAAUGACAAGAAUAUUGUAUCUUAUUUGGAACAUUUUUCGUUUUUUUUUCUAGUGGAAGAGGAAAUAUUUUAAUUUCUUCAAGUAAAUAAUCUAUGUUGUGUUUAUCAUAUCAAUGUAGUCAAAAUUAUGAUUUCAAGGUUAAAAUUUUAUAUUUUUACGCUUCUAGAUCACCAAAAUGCUUUUACAUAGAAUCACGCUUUUCCUUUACAGAUGUAGUCAAAAUCGCGGUUUUACGCUUCAAGCUCACCAAAAUGCUUAUACUUACAAUCACCCUUUUGACUGAAUUGUAUCUUAUAAGGAACAUUUAAAAUAAAACCUUAUUAAGCACAUAAUUAGAUUAACAACGAACGCGGGUUGGAUCCGAUCCUCAAGCCUCAUUGUUUAAGGAGGUUCUUAAAUCAUUUUUAUUGGUUGAUGCUAGAUUAGGUAGUUAAUGAGGGGUUAGUAGUUAAUAGUUAGUUGGAAUAAAUAAGAUAUUAUGAAAAUAUGAUUAAUAUUACUCAUUAAUGAAUCUCUUUCUCUCUUCCCCUUGAUCUUCUCCAUAACCCUCUCUCUCCACUACAAUUCAAAGGAAAUUCGAAAUUAAUUUAAUUAAAUAUUAUUAUUUAAGAUUUAAUAAAUUCGAACUUAAUAUUUAUUAUUUUUUAAAAUGAAAAUUUAAAAUUAAAAAUAUAUACUCUCUCACUUCGUGGCAACUUGCAAUACAGUAUUAACAUUUUGCAAUGACAUUAUCAACAUUUAUGAAAUGAAUCGUUAUUAUUAUACCUCAUCAUUAUUAAUGACUUUAAUAUACUUAUCAAUUCCUUACAAUUACAUUAUUAACAAUUUUGAAUCAAUUGUUACUGUUUUAUAGUUUCGUCAUCAACGCCUAUGAAUGGAUCGUUAAAGUUAUGUAACAUGGUCAUUAACAGUUUGAAUAACAAUAUCAUUGAUUUACAACAUCUUUUGUACUAAUGAUUAACAUUUUCACAUCAUGUUUAUAACUAUCUAGUCAUGGCCUCUUCCAAUGAUUUCUAAUGACAUUAUUAACGUUUUAUGAUCAAUUAAUAUUGCUUUACAUUAUCAUUCUCAAUGAUCAUAAAGCACAAUACUGAUUUUCAACAUCUUGGGUACUUGUGACAUAGUACACCUCUGUGAUUCAGUCAAACAAAUAUUGUCCAGAAAAAUAUUAGCUCAAGCAUACCAACAUUCAUGCCUCAACACCAAACUUUUAAUAAGAAUACAAUAAAUAAUUGAUAACGAAAAGUAUUUCAUUGGAAAUAAACACAAAACAUCAAUGUAAAAAUGCCCGACUUGAAGAUUAUAAAUGACAUCAAACUCUUAACAAAGAUAUUAAAAACCAUUAAUAUCGAAUGAUCAAGUCACUGAUAAGGAAAUAGAUUUUUGUAAUAAAAAAUUAUUAAUAAUAUUCAGAUGCAAUGUUUAAUGUCAAAUAGCACUAAAAACGCAUUAAUAAGUAACAUGUGUUUAAUGGAUAAUGCAUUCAAAAACAUUGAUAAUGAUAGCAAUUAAUGAUUGUUAAGUACCUUAUUAGAAUUAUUAAUAUCUUAUUUUCAAACAUUGAUAAUGCUUAUACACACCUAUUAAUAAUGACACCAACUACGUUACUAACUUAGACGGAAAGAUUAAUAACCAUAAUUAUAUCAUUAAAUGUAAAUUCACUUUUGCUAAUGUCAUAAACAAACGAAUUCCUAACAAGUAUGCUUCUUGAUAAUGACAUUUGACAAAGUUACAAACAUAAACGAAAAAUAUUAAUAAUUCAAAUCACUAAACAUAAGCAAUCUUACAAAUGAAAUAAAUUUUUGCUAAUGGUUGUAUUGUGCUUGGGAAAAACAUUGAUAAUAGCACUUCAAAUGAUUAUAAAUCGUUGCGAACCAAAUUGAUAAUACGAUGUAAUAGUAAAUAAACUUCAAGUACCAACAAAUUGAAAACACAAUGUCACUUUUGCUAAUGUUACAAACAAAACAUAACAUAAAAAUUUAAUAAUGUCAUAUAAAAUUAUUAAAAAACAUGUCGAACAACAUUAAUAAUAACACAAACGAAUACCUAACAACGAAAAAUCUCAAACCCAUGCAACGAAAAGCCCUAAUGAUGAUUCAAUUUGUAAAUAUUGAUAAUGUCAUUACAAAAUGUUAAUACUUAAUACUAAUCGGAAGUUGCUAAGAUGUGAUAGAGACAUAUAUUUUAAAUUUCAAAUUUCCAUUUUAGAAAAAGGAAAUUAUUAAAUUCGGAUUUUAUUAAAUAAUAAAUAAAAUUAAUUUCAUAUAUCUUUUUAAUUAUAAUGUAGAGAGAGGGUUAUGGAGAAAAUCAUGGGAGGAGAGAGAAAGAGAAUCAUUAAUUAAUUAUAUUUGCAUACCUAUUUACCUUUAAAUACCUAUUAACUACUAAACCCCAUUAACUACAUAAUCCACUGCCAGCCAAUAGGAAGGCUUUAAAAUUCACCUUAAAAAAUGAGGCUUAAGGACUUGAACUCAAGCCCAACGAUAAGGGUUAAGUCAUUUUUAUGAACUUAUAUGCAUAUUUUUUAAAAACAAAAAAUGAGCAAUACGUAAUCAAGAAUGUGUAAGGAAGUGGUUAAGCACCACACACAGGCCUGUAUAAGAUCCAACAUAACCUUCUCCCAACAACUCGAGUUAUGGGACCAAUUGGUUCAUGACAUGGUAUCAUAACUGGUUUGUUCGUGAGGUCACGUGUUCAAGUCCUCACGAUCCCCAAUAUUAAUCGUAGUCUUUCAAGCACAUGGUAGGGCUGGGCCUGUGCAAACUUCGAGCCCAUAAGUCGGCUUUCGUUUGAGGGGGCGUGUAAGGAAGUGGUUAAACACCAUACACGGGCCUGCCCAUAUGCUAGAGCGACGUGGGCGGGCAUCCUUCAAAAUGAGCCAGACACUCACUUCUACGAGCAAGAGCUUCAGCGUUGGAUCCACCAUUACUUAUCAGGCCGAAAUAACAUCAUCGAUUGUACCCCUUUCGCAGGUAAUGUGUUGGUUACUGUGGAUCGAGCACUUUGGAUUUUUGCUGGUGAUUUUUCUUUUAGGCUCUUUUAGAUUUUGAACGACUGUUGAAUUUGGAGAUACAAGGAAGGAGGAUAGUGUUUCUAUUUUAUGAAAUUUAUUUUUCUUGUUGUGAUUUAUUUUCCCCGAGGAAAGAGGUUUCAGUCUAACACGUUCGAAUAUGACGAAAUUCCUUUGCCACAACAUGAAACCACUAUAUUAUGACGAACAUACCCUUUUGUCAUAUAGGCAUGAGAUUAUUGUUCUCUACUAUGGUAAAACAAUUUUUCAUAUAAACAAUUCGGGAAGACAUAAUAUGACAAAAUAUACAUUGAUGAUAUAAUUUUUCACUUUAUGUCUCUUACAUCCCGUUAUGGGUUACCUAUUUUGACAAACAAUAUUGUGACACAAAAACUUUGUCACAUUCAAUCCCUUAACUGACAAAAUAUUCUGACAAAACUAUUUUUUGUCACAUUAGGCAUACCAAAUAGGACAAAAACCAUUUUUGUCAUAUUAUAGAACCUAUUGUGACAAAACUAAAAUGCCAAAAAAAUAUUUUUGCCGUAAUAAGCCGAAUUUGUUGUAGUGCUGGUAUCUCAUUUCGUUCCAUGCAUGGGGAAAAGGUUUAUGCAUCCUUGGAUUGCUCGGUAGAAUCUCCUAGCCCUGGCAACAUAGCAUGAAUGGGCAUGAGUUGUCUACAACCAGAUGGGAUGGAAAGAAAAUAUGCUAAUAAUAAUGAUCCUCUCUUAUAGGAUCAGAAAAUAGCUCACGUUACCUCAGACCAGGUGGUCCAAUUCUCGAUGGAGGAGGAGCAGUCUAAGAAAUACCGCACUGCUCAUUCGUUGACUGGCCGGCUAUUUACUGACAAUAGGAUCUCGACCACAGAGUUGCAGGAAUCGGUGAUCACUCCUUGGCUCAUCCAGGGACGACUCAGGGUGGUGAUGGCGAAACAUGGACUUAUCGAGUUCAUGCUCCCCAGUGAAGAGGCUAAGAUCUAGGUGCUUAAACACACUCCUUGGGUGAUCAAUGACAAGAUUCUUAACCUCCGUUUGUGGACUCCUACUAUAACGAAGCAAAUUUUUUAUGACCUUGCAAUUUGAUAGACCAUUGAUUGCACGUAUUUUUACCUCCAUUCUUAAGCCGUUUGAGAUGUUGAUUCCCGUGUUUUAAGCUGAUUUCACGCUAGGUUGUGUGUUUAUGGCAUAUUUUAGGGUUUGGUGUUGAAGUUAAGGCGAAUAAACGAGUUCUGGGUCAAAAGGCGAACGUUUGAGUUGAAGGGUGCUAGAGGAGCAAAAUACCAGGCCAUGAGCAAAAAUACCCGGCCGGGUAAAAUUAUGAGGAGGCCGGGGAAAAGUGAUUUUGGGCGCCCAGAUUCCAGAAGGGCCCCGCCCGACCCGAUUAGGUAUUCUUGACGUCGAUCGGGUAUUAUCCCCUGUGCCUGUGCGCUGCGUUUAGAAAUCCCCGGCCGGGCACCUGAAAUACCCGACCGGGGAUCGCGGCCUGCUAGUUUUUAAGGGAAAGAAGGCUGAUUUUUGAAGGGUUCCGAGUUUUAGAGAAAGAAAGUGAUACCUAGAGAGAGAAAGCGAAGAACCAGAGUUCCCAAGCGCCUUAGAUCAAUCUUCAUCAUCAGUGGAGCUCGGCUUGGAGAAGUGCCGAUUGCCGAUCAGAAGCAGAACCCCAUUCUUCACAGCAUGAUUUCUGCUUCUGAGCUAGAGUUUGCUUCUCUCUCCAUGGAGUAACAUCCACAUUCACCUGGGUAUGAAGAACCCUAGAUUUGUAUGUUAGGUCUGAUUGUAUGAACCCAAGUAUGAAUCCAUUGAUUUGAUUAUAUUCAAUUGAGGUCUGAUUUGUUGAAUAGCAUGAAUCCUGAUCAAAUUCUUGUUGUUUCUGCUUUGACCUAGAAAGAGAAUAUCUGCCUAGGUUGAUAGAGCACCCUUGAUUGAAGGUAGUGAAUCGACGACUUUAGUCGAGGAGUCAAUUCACUAUCCUGUACCGAAUUUGCGUCGGUAGUGGAGGUUUGGUUCGUUAGGGCCUCAAUCUGUUUACUCCGGUGGAGGUUAGUCGCCCACUGGGGACUUAGAUUGAGAGGGUCUGGAGACCUUUAGUCGAGACUGCAGAUUGCAUAAGAACCUCCCGCAGUAUAACUAUCUUUGAAUUCGAACUUGGUAAAUUACAAUCUGGCUUAACUGCAGUCUAGGGGGAACCAUAUCCGGGUGACCUCUCUCAACUUGAAAACAACCUUUUACUGAUUUGCUUGUUUGUUUGCUUGGACCUUCACUACACUUUCACUGCUAAAUAAUAAGAAUUCACGGAGUAGUCAUCACACUUAGGACCCUGGUUGACAUUAAAAUCCAAACCUGCUAUACUACGCACUAGUAGGUGGUUGCGCUUGGCCAUUUUCUAGUGUGACGGUAAAGCCGAGUCAAGUUUUUGGUGCCGUUGUCGGGGAUGGCUAGGUUGUUGAAGAAACAUGAUUUCUGUUACUUUAGCAUUUCCAUUUUCGCAUUGAUUGUUUGCUUUCUCCCACUUGUGCCUUUACGGGUUUGCUUGCUUGACUUUGUGUAGGUAGUGCAUGACCUGCACCCAGUCGAGAGGUUUACUAUCGUUAGAUCCGGAGCUAGAACGCACCUGUCGCCAACUAAGGAGACAAUAGCGAGCGAGACUGGCUACGAAGGAGCGCUUUGACAGCCACUUGAGCAAUGAGUCUGAGGAAGAGUACGAGAUGGACGGUGAGUAAAACCCAUUUCAGCGAACAACUUCGAGAUCAAGCCAUUUUGGAUUUAACUUAUCACAUCCUCUAUCCAGUUUCAUGGCUUGAAGGAUGAGGAGGCAAGGGUGAAUCUUUCCCGGUUCCUGCAGCUUACAAACGGGUUCAAGAUGAAUGGUGUACCCGAUGAUGCGAUCCGUCUUCACCUCUUCCCCCAUUCUCUGGCGGGGCAUGCGGAGAGGUGGUUAGAGACCCAUCCCCCACUAUCCAUCAUAUCGUGGGGCGAUCUGGCCGACAAUUUCGUGCACAGGUAUUAUCCGGCGUCGAUGACUACAGAGAUACAGCGGGAGAUUACUCAUUUCCGCCAGGAUUCAGAUGUGUCUCUUCGUGAUGCCUGGGAGCGGUACUCAGGCUUCUUCUGGCAAUGUCCCCAUCACCGUUUCAGUGAUGCAUUCACAGUGGGGAAUUUAUACAACGCUCUGACCCUAGAGAGUCAGAGGGUGAUCGAGUCUCUAUGCAUAGGAGGGGAUAUUCUCACCAAGACUCCACCCGAACUGAACCAGAUGAUCAGUACCUUGGCUGCCAGGGAUCACUCUUGGGGGCAGAGUACCAGAAGCAGGAGUUCCCUGGAUCGUGGUGUGCACGCCAUGGAGGCCAGGUCCGGGCUAGAGCGGGAGGUGGCUGAGUUGGUACAGACAUUGAAGCAGCCCAACAGUCUUAUUCUGGGAAGAGGUCAGACCGGACCUCCAGUUGCUCAAUGCUAGUGGCGUGAGAGCUCGAACCAUCUGGUGGAAGACUGCCAGGCUAUGCGGUAGUUUUCUACACCCCAGGAGUAGUUUGACUUCAUCGCCAAUGCUCGGAGCCUCGAUCCUUACAAUGGUACCUAUAAUGAAGGUUGGCGCCAACACCCCAACUUCUCCUAGAAUAACAGCAACAUCACUAAACCACCUGGUCUCCCAGCACCAACAGGUGGUUUUCAGCAGCGGCAGCCCUUCUAGGCCAGGCAGAGCCCAGCUCCACAGCAGUAGCCGUACCAGCCCAGACAGGGGCAGCCAUUCUAGCAGCCAUAAUGCCAGUAUGCCUAACCGCCAGCAGCCCCCAUCUCCAGAUACCCAAAUGACGGAGCUGAAAAAUAUUUUGCAGGCAUUCAUGACUACUAGUCAGACGAAUUUCGCGAGGAUGGAUCAGAACAUAACUUCUCUGAAGGCAGGCCAAAGGAACCAGGGUGCUAUACUAUAGGAUCUCCAGAACCUGAUUGGUGGCAUUGCUCGCCAAAAUAACACCAGAGCACCGGGGACUUUGCCUGCCACCACCAUUCCCAACCCUCGUGAGCCUCACCAGCAGCUGGAUGCCAUCACUACCAGGAGUGGCAAGACCACAUUUUCUGCAUGUUGAAGCAGUUCAACAUCAGCAUGCCGUUCGUGGAAGCACUGUCGAAGAUGCCCAAGUACGCUAAAUUUAUGAAGGACCUCCUCACCACAAAGAAGAAACUUGGGAAUCUUUCGACAGUGAUGCUGAGCGAGGAGUGUUCUGCUAUCUUGCAGAACAAGCUGCCCGAAAAGCGCAAAGACCUAGGGAGUUUUACUAUCUCUCUUGUUAUUGGCAGCAUGCAUGUAGGAAAGUCCUUGGCGGACCUAGGCGCUAGCAUUAACGUCAUGCCUUACAAAUUGUUUAAAAAGCUAGACCUAGGUGAACCUAGAGCUACUAGGAUGAGCAUUCAGUUAGCUGACCGUUCUAUUGUGCAUCCUAGGGGUAUCAUAGAGGAUCUGCUUGUUAAUGUGGGUGCAUUCACAUAUCCUGUUGAUUUUAUUAUUCUGUAUAUAAAUGAGGAUGUGGAUGUGCCUUUGAUUUUGGGUAGACCAUUUCUCGCCACCGCAAAGGCGCUUAUUGAUGUGCAUAGUGGUAAAUUGAUAUUGCGUGCUGGGGAUGAACAUGCUACUUUUUCUGUGUCUGAGAAUGGGAAACACUCCCAUUUGCAUGAUGACCUAGAUUACUGUGAUGUGCUUAUUGAUUUUGAGACCGCACUCGCUAUAACGAGUGCAUGGACUGACGAUGCUCUUAAGCAUUGUAUUUUUCUAGGUGAGCAGGCAUCGCAGGAGCCGCAGUUGGAGGAGUAGUUGGCCGCUCUGGAGAGUGGUGCAAUCUUGGAGGGUGAUAGGCUGUUCAAACCGAUCUCAUCCUCACCUCGCAUCAUGAUAGACCAUUGAUUACACAUGUUUUUACCCCUAUUCUUGAGCCGUUUGAGAUGUUGAUUCCCGUGUUUUAGGCCGAUUUCACGCUAGGUUGUUCUUGUUUGUGAUAUUUCACGUCCUAGUAUGUGAAUGAAGGUUUAGGAACUAGUUCGGGGUCGAUUGGACGAAGUUUGGACGUUUGGCGAGAAGCUGAGAAGCCACACAGGCAUGCCCAAAAGCUACACGGCCGUGUAGGAGACCCACUAUGGCCGUGUGAAGGCUCGACAAAAGCCACACGGGCAGCAUGGACACUCACACGGCAGUGUGGGUCGUGGCCGCGUAGGAAGCCUGAAGUCACUUAACGAAACGCCGCAUUUUGCAAAGCCACACGGGCAGCUGGGGGAGUCACACGGCCGUGUGACAUGGCCGUGUGAGUCGGGAUUUUCUGGUUUUAAGCCAAUUUCCAGCCACAAGUGAAGGGGUUCCGAGUUUAAGAGAGACAGAGCGAUUCCUAGAGAGAGAAAGCGACGAACAAGAGUUCCCCAGUUCCCUAGCUUGAUCUUCAUCACCAUUGGAGGCCGGCUUGAGCUUGGAGAAGUGCCGAUCGACGCCCAGGAGCAGAAACCCAUCCUUCACAGUAUGGUUUCCGCAUCUGAAUCUGCUUUUGCUUCUUUCUCCAUGGAGUAGUUUUCUCAUUCAUCUGGGUAUGGAGAACCCUAGAUUUGUAUGUUAGGUCUGAUUGUAUGAAACCAAGUACAGAUUUUAUGAUUUGAUUAUCUUCAAUUGAGGCUUGAAUGAUUGAAUGACUUGAAUCUUGAUCAAAUUCCUAUUAUUUCUGCUUUAACCUAGAAAGAGAAUAUCUGCCUAGGUUAAUAGAGCACCCUUAAUUGAAGGUGGUGAAUUGGCGACUUUAGUCGAGGAGUCCAUUCACUAUUCUGUAUCGAAUUUACUUCGGUAGUGGAGGUUUGGUUCGUUAGGGCCUCAAUCUGUUUACUCUGGUGGAGGUUAGUCGCCCGCUGGGGACUCAGAUUGAGAGGGUCUGGAGACCUUUAGUCGAGACUUCAGACUGUUUAAGAACCUUGCGCAGUAUAACUUUCAUAGCAACUGAACUUGGUAAUUGCAAUCCGGCUUAACUGCAGUCUAGGGGGAACCAUAUCCGGGUGACCUCUCUCGACUUGAAACAACCGUUUAACUUGCUUUGUGUUUUUGCUUGUUUGAGCCUGCACUUAAGUUUCACCACUAGAUAAUAAGAAUUCACUGAGUAGUCAUCACAUCUAGGACCCGGGUUGACAUUAAAACCCAAACCCGUUAUACUACGCUUUAGCAAGUGGUUGCACUUGGCCAUUUUCUAGAGUGACAGUAGGAGUGAGUCACAUCACUACCUCCUUGGAGGAGCCACCAGAGCUGGAGCUAAAGCCCCUCCCUCCUCACUUGGAGUAUGCAUUUCUCCGGGAGGGGAAUAAGCUUCUAGUCAUCAUCAGCUCGACCCUCACAUCCGAGCAGAAGGUCAGACUGGUGGCCUUGCUGAAGCAGUACGAGCGAGCUCUAGUGUGGAAGAUCACUGAUAUCCGGGGGAUCAACCCCUCUUUCUACUCCCACCGGAUACUACUAGAGGAUGAGAUGCGGCCAGUGAGACAGCCGCAAAGGAGACUAACACUGAACCUAGAGGCUGUGGUUCGGGUGGAGAUCGUGAAGCUGAUGGACGCGAGGAUCAUCUUCGCCAUUUCCGACAACGAGUGGGUCAGUCCCACCCAGGUGGUACCCAAAAAGGGUGGGAUGACCGUGGUGCCUAACGAGAAUAACGAGCUCAUCCCGAUGCGCAUGGUGACUGGGUACCGUGUCUGCAUCAAUUAUCGGCGUCUCAACGAUGCCACUCGGAAGGACCACUUCCCGCUGCCAUUCAUUGAUCAGAUGCUAGAGAGACUGGCGGGGCACGAGUUCUACUGUUUCCUGGAUGGGAUGUCCGGGUAUUUCCAGAUCCCCAUUGCACCGGAGGACCAGGCGAAUACCACUUUCACCUGCCCCUUCGACAUAUUUGCCUACCAGAGGAUCCCAUUUGGGCUUUGUAAUGCCCCUGCCACCUUUCAGCGAUGCAUACUCGCCAUCUUUGACCGCCUGGUCGGCGAGAUUAUGGAGUUGUUUAUGGACAACUUUUCGGUUUAUGGGGACUCAUUCUCUCAUUGUCUCCAUAACCUAGAACUCGUCCUUAAACGGUGUGAAGAAACGAACCUGGCACUUAGUUAGGAGAAGUAUCAUUUCAUGGUUCGUGAAGGCAUAGUUCUGGGGCACAAGAUCUCCAAGAUAGGGAUUGAGGUAGAUAGGGACAAGAUCGAGACUAUCAGUAAGCUGCCUCCUCCCACAUCUGUUAAGGGGAUCCAGAGUUUUUUAGGUCAUGCAGGGUUCUACAGGCGGUUCAUCAAGGAUUUUUCGAAGAUCGCUCUGCCCCUGACUAAGCUCCUUGAGAAGGAUUCCCCCUUCCAGUUCACCGAUGCAUGCACAGCGGCAUUCACGACCUUGAAGGAGAAGCUCACUCAUGCUCCUAUCAUGGUCGCCCCUGACUGGUCCCUACCAUUCGAGAUGAUGUGCGAUGCUAGUGACUUUGCUGUUGGAGCUGUCUUGGGGCAGAGGCGAGAUCAACAUUUCCGUCCUAUGUAUUACGCCUCGAAGACCCUCAAUGAUGCCCAGGAGAACUACACCACCACGGAGAAGGAGCUGCUUACGGUGGUGUUUGCCUUCGACAUUCGUCAUUAUCUGGUCUUGUCCCAUGUGACCGUGUACACAGAUCACUCCGCGAUUCGAUGCCUGAUGAGCAAGGUCGAUGCCAAGCCUAGGCUCAUACGAUGGAUCUUACUAUUGCAGGAGUUCGACAUCGAUAUUCGAGACAAGAAGGGAGCUAAAAAUGUUGUUGCUGAUCACCUCUCCUGGUUAGACGCACCACAUGCGGACAACCUCGAGGAGGAGAUCAACGACUCUUUCCCAUAUGAGAGACUGAUGAUGAUGUGGCUGGUGGAGAGUGUCACCCCUUGGUACUCCGAUUUUGCAAAUUAUCUGAUGGGCCAGCAGCUGCCUAAGCGGAUGAAAACUCACACUAAGAGGAAAUUCUUCGCCGACCUGAAGCAUUACUUUUGGGAUGACCCUCAUCACUUCAGGAUCGGAGCCGACGGGAUCAUCUGUCGCUGUGUCAUGGAAAGUGAGAUAGAGGGCAUUCUAUCUCACUGUCAUGAAGGACCUACUGGCGGUCACCAUGGAGGAAACCGCACGACAAGGAAGGUGCUACAGUCGGGCUUUUACUAGCCCACGCUCUUCAAGGAAGCAGACGCCUUCGCACGUAGGUGCGAUCGAUGCCAGAGGUCAGGUAAUAUCUCUACCCGUGAUGAGAUACCCCAAAAUGUAUUUAUAACCUGUGAAAUUUUUUAUGUCUGGGGUAUCGAAUUCAUGGGCCCCUUCCCUCCAUCCUUUGGAAACACAUACAUCUUAGUUGCUGUUGACUACAUGUCUAGGUGGGCCGAGGUGCAAUCUUUGCCCACUAAUGAUGCUAGACGUGUUUGUGGAUUUUUGAAGCAGCUAUUCUCCCGAUUCGGGACACAUACAACCAUCAUAAGCGAUCGAGGUACCCAUUUCCAGGGCCAGUUUUAUAAUUUAUUGUCUCGCUAUGAUGUUACUCAUAAGGUGUCUGUGGCCUAUCACCCUCAAACAAGUGGCCAGGCCGAGCUGACGAACCGGGAGCUCAAGCGUAUCCUGGAGAAAAUGGUGGAUCAGUCCCGCAAGGAUUGGUCCACCAAGCUCGAUGAUGCUCUCUGGGCAUACCGCAUUGCCUACAAGACACCCAUUGGUACUUCACCGUACCGGCUUGUCUAUGGAAAGGCAUGUCAUUUACCUGUGGAGCUAGAGCACAAGGCCUUUUGGGCCCUUAAGCUGCUCAACUUGGAUGUUAGUGUUGCAGGUGUUGAAGGCAAAAUGCAGAUGUUGGAGCUGGAGGAAUGGCGUUAUCACGCCUAUGAGAAUACCAAGUUGUACAAGGAGCGCACUAAGCGCCUGCACGAUGCACGGUUGCGGGGUCCGAAGGAGUUUCAGGUUGGUGAUCGAGUUCUCCUCUAUAACUCUCACCUGAAGCUCUUUCCCGGAAAGCUCCGCUCCUGGUGGUCUGGACCGUUCACGGUCACACAGGUGUUCCCGUAUGCCACGAUUGAAAUUGCGAACCCGCAAACUGAACCGUUUAAAGUGAACGACCAUCGUCUCAAGCUCUACCUGGGAGACGAGGUCGAACGAGCGGAGUCGGUGGUGGACCUCGCGGACCCUUAGUUCCGCCAUGGGCGUCCAGCUACAAGACGGUAAAGAAGCGCUUGUGGGGAGGCAACCCCACCACGGUUUGCAUUUCUUUUUCCCUUUUUUUGUGUUUUUGUGUCGUGUUCGAGUCAGUUGCACGUUUGUGUUGAAGUUAGGCCGUCUGAUCUGCCUCGAUUUGGUGCUUUCGUGGAGGGGAGUUCGAAAAAAUGAGAAAAAGAGUUUUAUGGCCGAAAAGGGGAAAUACCCGGCCUUGACACAAAAUACCCGACCGGGUAUUUUAGUGUCGCGGCCGGGACCCCUUCUGUGUUCCGGGGCGCAAAAAAGGGAAAAACCCGACCUUGACUCAAAAAUACCCGACCGGGUAUUUUUGACUCAAGGUCGGGGGUUUCCCAUAAACAUGGUACGCCGCGUUUAGAAACCCUCGACCGUGCCUCAAGAAUCCCCGACUGGGUAUUUUUGCUAUUUAAGCAAACCCCCGGUCUACACCCCUCUCUCUUCUCUCAUUUUUUUCCAAAACUUCCCCUCUCUUCCUCUCAUUUCCUCUCCCCUCUCUCCUCUUUGGUCGACGUCGACAACCGCCCUCCGCCGCCGGCCGCCGCUCCCGCCGCCGUCCUCUGCUGCCGGCCGUUGCCGCCGUCCUUUGCCGCCUCCAUCGCCGGCCACUUUCGGCGACUUUCCGGCGACCGUCCGACCACUUUUCGGCGAGUUUCCCUGGUCAUUUUUGGACACGGUUUCGCGUCCCUCACCCUUCUCUCAUGUCUCAUCUACGGUCCUACUUGCGUUUCCAGGAUCGUGUCACUCGAUCACCCGUUUGUGCAGGACUUGCGCCUGCACCCGGAGUACGCCGACCAGUUCCGCAAGGUCACCCGCGGAGUGCUUCAGCGCCAUCACCAUCUAGAGUGGGGGAUCUUCGAGCAGCUGCACUGCUUGAACGAGAUCUCCACUGCGAUCAUCCACCGUGAUUGGCGGACGUUGAUGACCAUUGGCGAGCCCACCUACACAGAGCUGGUGUGCGAGUUCUACACCACCUAGCGGUACCGCUCCAAAGCGGCCCGGGACUCACCCACCGGUGUGAACUUCAUGUUGGGUGGCAGUCCAUGGGAGAUGAGCAUUGAUUCCUUCGCGCUGGGGAUCCAGUACCACCCCUACUCCCCGCACGAGCUCGAGAUCCCACAUCCACAGGACUGGAACCAGGAUGGGUUCUAACUCCGUGACUCGCUACGACACAACACCUAACAAAGGCCAAGUGUAACCAAUGAAAGGGACUGCAGUAUAGUGGCUCAAGUGAUAAAUAUCGAAUCCACGGGUCUCUAGAGUUACUAUUACUCAGCUUCAGUUUAUUAUUUAGCAAAUCAGAUUAAGAUGAAAGAACUAAAACUACUCUAGCAAACUACAGUUAAAGUUAAUCUAAUUACAGGUUGGGAACUCACUUAGGUAUGAUUCCCCCUAGCCACUAGCCAGACUAACGAUUGAUGAUUUCUAACUUGUUUCACUUUCAUUCACAAUGCGGAGAAUCCUUGACUAGACCUUGAGUCUCGACUAAAGGAACAAGGCCCUCUUGAGUCAAUUGCCUAGAGGGACGUAUCCUUCUCUAGAACAACUGAUCAAGGCGUUCUAAACUAGACUCCCUCUAUCGAAAGAGGUUCUCAAUUGAUACAAAGCAGUGAAUCAACCCUCGAGUAAAGCAAUCGAUCCACUACUAUCAAUCUAUGGUGCUCUAUUGACCUAAUCAGGUAUUCCCUCUCAUAGAAUCAAAGCAGAAUCAAUAAUCUCGACUAAAGCAGAAUUGAAUCAUGAAAACAUGCAUAGAUUGAAUAUGAACUCAAGAUUAUCAAGUCAGAGUAAUCAUACAAUCAUCCAAUCAAACAAACAUAGCUAGGGUUCCUCAAAACCUAAGUGAAGGGAAGUUACUCCAUAGAGAAGAGAGAGACUGCAGUAAGAAUCUUCAGAUGAUCAGUCUUCAAGUCCGGGCUUGUUCCUCGAGCUUCCAAGGUGAAGAAAUCCUCCUUCUCUACUCCAAGAAUGCCCUCAAAUCGCCCUCUCUCUCUUUGGUUCGUCCCUUGGGUGUUUGGGAUCCAAAAACCCAGCUCUCCUCUUCUCCUUUGGCUGAAAAUCGGGUUUUAAGCAGAAAAUCCCGACUCACACGGCCAGGGUGGCACGGCCGUGUGGCUUACCCAGUUGCCCGUGUGAGUCAAAACGCUGCGUUCCAAUUAGUUCGAAUUCCAGGCUCUUUGCACGGCACGAGUGGCACGGCCGUGUGAACUUCCUUUUUGCCCGUGUUUGCUCACGCAGAAUUCCACACGGCCAGACUGGCCUCUUGCACGGCCGUGUCGAUCUUCUGCUUUGCCCGUGUCUGCUCUCGCAGAAUGUCACACGGCCAGACUGGCCUCUUGCACGGCCAGACUGGCCUCUUGCACGGCCGUGUGAACAUCAGGGUAGCCCGUGUGACUUCCUUUGCGACUUGUCUCGUGCCCGAUCUUCGCCCAAUCGACCCCGAACUCGCUCCUAAACCUUCAUUCACUUGCCAGGACCUGAAAUAUCACAAACAAGCACAACCUAGCGUGAAAUCGGUCUAAAACACGAGAAACCACAUCUCAAACGGUGUAAGAACAGGGGUGAAAACAUGUGUAACUAACGGUCUAUCAAACUCCCCCACACUUAACCGUUUGCUUGUCCUCAAGCAAACCUAACUCAAACCAAUGCAACUCUCCAGACCUCUAUAGCAACAAACAACCUAGAUCGUAGGUAGAGGACUUCCUAGGUCAUUUAGCAGCUUACGAGGUCAACCGACGCACAAGUCAUCUCAAAGCUUCUUAUCGAGUCGGCAUCAUGGCAAACAGUGAACAAAGGACAAAUGAAUUGUGGAUGAAGAGAUUCUCAAAAACAAAAGAUCAUGGACUCACAUUUUUCAAGGUGCUCUAUUUUCUGCUUAAGGAUGGUUGGAACCCCUUUUCUUUCUAUUUUGCUUGUUUUCUGUUAUUUUUCUUUUCUUUUUUCUUUUUCAAGGGUCCCAACCUGCUCUUACCGGCCAUGCCAGGAGCGGAUGUCUCGAGCCUCGUGCGGGGGAAAGACAUGUAAGGGGGCUGGAGGUAGUAGGUGGAAAUUGGGAACGAAUUCCCGUCUCCCCUUACACACUUUCGCCCUAUUCGCACGGGAGACGUUUAUUUUGAAGCACAUUUUCGAGCACCUGUUAUUUUCAAAACAUGAUACAAGAGUCCAUGACAGGCAGAGAAUCCACAACACCACACAAUUCAAGGGUCCUAAGAUCACUAAUUCACUCAAUCAACCAACUCAAUAUGAAGAAGACAUGAGACUUCUUAAAUGCAUCAACAUCCUCCAUAGUGCUACACUACCUCCCUAGGUUGCAUAUUACUAUAAAGACUGUCAAUUCAAAGCAUACUGAGCAGGCAAUUGCAAGGUAACACGUACUUGGAGCCCUCAAAUUUAAAAAUUUGGACAGUGGACUAGGCUCCAAGCACACAAACAGCCAAACAUUCACCCGCAUACAUAAUCGAACAUCCCCCCACACUUAAGCACGACAUUGUCCUCAAUGGAGGAAAGAUAAGGAGGGUAGAACGAAGUUACCAGAUCAAGGGUGAAUGAUGAUGAACGGGUCAGGCGGUGCCAUCCAGAAAGAGAGAGUAAUCAGAACACAAACACCACACAAAAUCUCACAAAGGUUGAGUUAUUGACUCUAAAAUCAAAUAGCAAACUGACUCAACCGAGGAGAAAUAGAGACAGAAAUGCAAACCGACUGGUUGGGUUGCCUCCCAACAAGCACUUCUUUCACGUCGUGAGCCGGACGAUGGCUCCUAAGUUUCGGUCCAUGCUAGAACCUCCUUGAAGUUGAGGUUCUCGUCGAUGAGGUGGAGUCUCAAGUCACGAGCAUGUGGUGUGGCAGGUGAUGAAGGCUCAUGUACUUGAUGCAGAUGAAGUCUCCACCCUCGAGACCUCUUCUUCUCUUCUCUCGUCUCAUUGCCCCAAACCAGAUAAGACAGCAUCGAUUGGCCACCAUCGCGUCCACCAAGAGGGACCGAUGUCGAGGUGGCCUUGGUCUGGCAAAGAGACACUGCAAAUGGGUCCUUGCUAAGCAGUUCCUCGAAGUUUGGUGGAGAUAUCACAUGUAACUCAUGGCCGGUGCAGGCCUCUUCCACCUCAACUUCAUCCUUAGCCUGGACGCCAAUUGCUUCUUUAACCUCCCUUCCUUCUUCAUGUGGUAUCACCCCUGGGAAAUGAUCAAGAACUUCUCCAGCUUCACUUUCGCCAUCCUCCACAACUUCUUUUUGCACCCUUUCUUGCUCUUCUUCUUCUAGCACGGAUUGGAGAGCAAGUUGCCAAGCAAUUUCUUUCAUGAGAUCUUCUUGCAUCUCCUCACUCAUGCCCGCCUCUUCAAAGCUCAGUUUGGGGUGUGGGAAGGUGUGGUCGGCUACGACAGGACAUUCCUGAUCAUGACCAUCACGGGAGCUCUCCGUGACAACUUCUGUGUAUUCCACAAUGUCCUUGUAGCCUUCUUCUUCCUCCUCCUCUUCUAGUAUGGUAGCAGAAGGGUGAUCUGGAGCAGGUUGUGCCCAAGAUCGCUCAAGAUCAUCGACGCUCUUCUUAAGGCUCAGGAGGAUCUCCUCUGUUUCACGAUAGGCCUGGACACACUGAUCCAUCCUGGAGCAUGUUCUCUCACAGUCUCGAGCAAACUGCUCCAUGAGUAACUCCAGCGCCGAUGGCCCUUCUGGUUGUGGGAGAAAUUCUUCUUGAUAAUGAAGUUGUUCUGGAUAUGCCCAGGGGUCCGGUUGUUCUUCGUAGUAAGGGGGUUGGUACUGGAACCCGAAUCCAUAGUCUUCUCCGCCUUGAUUGCUCCACGGAGUCUCGGGGUAAUACCACCCGGGUGGUGGUGGAUACCCCCAAUUGAUGGAGAAGCCAUGAGGAUCCAUGAUUCAGAUCUUCAUCAACCAAAACAAAAACACCCAAGUGAAAAGCAAGGGUGGAAAAGAAAAGAAAAGAAAAACGCUAAAGUAACAAACUUCUGCCUUUCCUAAUACUCUAGAAAGUCCCCGGCAACGGCGCCAAAAACUUGACUCGCUACGACACAACACCUAACAAAGGCCAAGUGUAACCAAUGAAAGGGACUGCAGUAUAGUGGCUCAAGUGAUAAAUAUCGAAUCCACGGGUCUCUAGAGUUACUAUUACUCAGCUUCAGUUUAUUAUUUAGCAAAUCAGAUUAAGAUGAAAGAACUAAAACUACUCUAGCAAACUACCGUUAAAAUUAAUCUAAUUACAGGUUGGGAACUCACUUAGGUAUGAUUCCCCCUAGCCACUAGCCAGACUAACGAUUGAUGAUUUCUAACUUGUUUCACUUUCAUUCACAAUGCGGAGAAUCCUUGACUAGACCUUGAGUCUCGACUAAAGGAACAAGGCCCUCUUGAGUCAAUUGCCUAGAGGGACGUAUCCUUCUCUAGAACAACUGAUCAAGGCGUUCUAAACUAGACUCCCUCUAUCGAAAGAGGUUCUCAAUUGAUACAAAGCAGUGAAUCAACCCUCGAGUAAAGCAAUCGAUCCACUACUAUCAAUCUAUGGUGCUCUAUUGACCUAAUCAGGUAUUCCCUCUCAUAGAAUCAAAGCAGAAUCAAUAAUCUCGACUAAAGCAGAAUUGAAUCAUGAAAACAUGCAUAGAUUGAAUAUGAACUCAAGAUUAUCAAGUCAGAGUAAUCAUACAAUCAUCCAAUCAAACAAACAUAGCUAGGGUUCCUCAAAACCUAAGUGAAGGGAAGUUACUCCAUAGAGAAGAGAGAGACUGCAGUAAGAAUCUUCAGAUGAUCAGUCUUCAAGUCCGGGCUUGUUCCUCGAGCUUCCAAGGCGAAGAAAUCCUCCUUCUCUACUCCAAGAAUGCCCUCAAAUCGCCCUCUCUCUCUUUGGUUCGUCCCUUGGGUGUUUGGGAUCCAAAAACCCAGCUCUCCUCUUCUCCUUUGGCUGAAAAUCGGGUUUUAAGCAGAAAAUCCCGACUCACACGGCCAGGGUGGCACGGCCGUGUGGCUUACCCAGUUGCCCGUGUGAGUCAAAACGCUGCGUUCCAAUUAGUUCGAAUUCCAGGCUCUUUGCACGGCACGAGUGGCACGGCCGUGUGAACUUCUUUUUUGCCCGUGUUUGCUUACGCAGAAUUCCACACGGCCAGACUGGCCUCUUGCACGGCCGUGUCGAUCUUCUGCUUUGCCCGUGUCUGCUCUCGCAGAAUGUCACACGGCCAGACUGGCCUCUUGCACGGCCGUGUGAACAUCAGGGUAGCCCGUGUGACUUCCUUUGCGACUUGUCUCGUGCCCGAUCUUCGCCCAAUCGACCCCGAACUCGCUCCUAAACCUUCAUUCACUUGCCAGGACCUGAAAUAUCACAAACAAGCACAACCUAGCGUGAAAUCGGUCUAAAACACGAGAAACCACAUCUCAAACGGUGUAAGAACAGGGGUGAAAACAUGUGUAACUAACGGUCUAUCACUCCGGAUAGCUAGACGCGCCUAAUGGACUACUUCGACGCCGGCCAGACAUACGUCCGCACCCUUAAGCCUUAGUGGCACAUCCUCAACCUGCUGAUCACCCGCUCUAUCGUCCCCAAUGCCACUGGUUCGCACAAGAUCCCGAAGCGGGUGCUCUAUGCCAUGUAUUCGAUGGGGUACCCGGAGCAUAUGCUACAGUUGGGUUCUUUCGUGGCUAACACCUUCUCUCGUUGCCACGGGAAACCCAACCAUCUCUUCUGUGGUCCCUGAUCAUCCAACUGGCGCGCAACUUCAAGAUUGACCUAGAGGGACUCACGAAUGCCUCAACACGGGGCGGCUCCACCCCUCACAGUCGGGAAGUGCUUCACAAUGCAAUCCUCGUGGCCUCUGAUGACGCCCACUCCUAAGUGGAUGGUUUGUCUUUGCCUCCUAAGGAGGAUGUGGAUCUUGAUGAGGAUGAGGACGACGAUGACUACACCGGCGAGGAAGGGGAUGAUGAUGAUGAUGGCUGGGCCAUGGAUGCUGAUAAGCCGUAGCCCCCAUUCUCUCUCCCCCCCCCCCCCGGACCUUCAGCCACGACGGAGACAUGAGAGAGGCGAGUCCUCCUCCGGUCCUUCUAGUCAGUCGAUGGACUUCUUCACGGAGCAAUUCCAGCAGAUGGGGCUCCAGUUUCAGCAUCUCGGGCUCCAGAACCAGCAGCUCAUGGACCAUCCAGUCCAGUUUUACUAGCAGUAUUCGGCCCACCAGGCCGAGUACCAGUCUCGGAUGACGGUUGUGGAAGAGCGGCUCGACCGGAUGGUGUCUCAGCUGGGAGUCACUAGUGCUCGCAUCGUGCGGGAGCGGGAUCGUAGCCGCUGGAUGAUGGAGUACCAGGAGCACCUACUCCAGUCCUGCCACCCGGCUCAGGAGCACCACUGGACCACCCGGUGGGACCACUCACCACUCAUGCCGCCACCGCCAGAUGGGGUUGACGACCUCGUGGAACAGAUCGACUCCACCGAGCUCAAUUAGGUUGUACUCGUUGCCCGUCUUGUGUUGCUUUUGUAUGAUUCGGAGUGCAAACUGUCUUGUGUUUUGGUUUAUUUUAUUUUAUUUUGGAUGAUGUACUAUUGGGCUGACAACUGGACCUAACGUAUUGUGGCUGCACUUUUGUUUUCCCUUUAGUUGUGCCUUUGCCCCGACUGAUCCCCUAUCCAGUCCUCUUCACUUAGACUGGUCCACUUUCUAGUCUCAUGCAGUCCGUGGACGCCGGUAACAUUGUUCCCGUUAUUCUUCCCUCUUCUCCAUUGAAGGCAAUGUCGAACUUAAGUGUGGGGGAUGUUUAUAUUUUGACUACAUUAGAUCUAUUUGUGGGCUUGGAGCCUAGUCCACUGUCCAAAUUUCGAUUUGAUGGCUCCAAGUACGUGUUCCUUGCAAAUUGCCUACUCAGUAUGAUUUGAAUUGACAAUAUCUAUAGUAAUGUGCAACCUAGGGAGGUAGUUCAAGUAUAAGAUUUUUCCUAUCUAGCCCUCUGCUGUGCCAGUUGAUUUUGUGAAUUAGUGGAGCUAAGACCGUUGAAUUCAUGUGGUAAUGGUGACUCCAUUUGAAGUGUGUUAUGGACUCGUGUAUCGAACAGGGUGCUCAUGUGGGAAAUGAAAAAUAGUUGGUCCUCCAUGUCGAAAUCAUUGAAAUCUUAAACAUGGGGUAAGCCCAACGUGUGUGGCACCGUUCAUUGCACAAAAUCGGGUUUUGGAAGAGAUUUUAGUGAUCCUUAGUGGGGUACUCCUACAAGGUGAAGCUAAGUUGUCUCUAGUGCAAGUAAAACUUCCACCCGUUGAACGGUUUGCCUACUCGAGGAUGUGUUUUUAAGGGCACGGAUAGAGCUUCCGACCCCCCCCCCCCCUUAAUUUCAUUGACCCUCCACACGAGUUGAGGAAAAGGAGUUGAAAGAAGUACUCUGGCGAGCUCUAGAUGUACAGAAAUUGUUCUUGCUCGACUAAUAAGGGUCGACCUUGCAAAAGACUGCAGUUGGAACCCCCUCCAAGUGAAUGGAAAAAAAAUGUAAAAUGAAAGUGCAAAAAAGGGGUUUCCAACGGUGAAAUGAAGUGAAAGAGCACUCCGGUACAAUGAGUCCUUGGUUGUGAAUGGUGUGAGUCCCUUUAUCCAUGAACUGGAUGUCUUACUUCCACUUCUUCUCAUGAUCCUGGCUUGAGUCUAGUACUCGCAUUGAGAGAGAUAGGGAACGUCUUAGAAGACCAGUUGACUUCGUAAGCUACUAUAUGAUCUAGGAAAUACUCUACUGACGAUCGGGGUUGUGUGUUGCUAUAGAGGUCUAGAGAGUUGCAUUGGUUUGAGUUAGGUUUGCUUGGGGACAAGCAAACGGUUAAGUGUGGGGGAAUUUAGACCAUUGAUUGCACGUAUUUUUACCUCCAUUCUUGAGCCGUUCGAGAUGUUGAUUCCCGUGUUUUAAGCCGAUUUCACGCUAGGUUGUGUGUUUAUGGCAUAUUUCAGGGCUUGUCGUUGAAGUUAAGGCGAAUGAACGAGUUUUGGGUCAAAAGGCAAACGUUUGAGUUGAAGGGUGUUGGAGGAGCAAAAUACCCGGCCAUGAGCAAAAAUACCCAGCCGGGUAAAAUUCUGAGGAGGCCGGGGAAAAGUGAUUUUGGGCGCCCAGAGUCCAAAAGGGGGCCCGAUCGAUGAGCAAAAAUACCCAAUUGGGUAUUCUUGACCUCGAUCGGGUAUUAUCCCCUAUGCCUGUGCGCUGCGUUUAGAAAUCCCCGGCCGGGCACCUGAAAUACCCGACCGGGGAUAAUGACUGGGGAUCGCGGCCUGCUGGUUUUUAAGGGAAAGAAGGCUGAUUUUUGAAGGGUUCCGAGUUUUAGAGAAAGAAAGUAAUACCUAGAGAGAGAAAGCGACGAACCAGAGUUCCCAAGCGCCUUAGAUCAAUCUUCAUUAUCAGUGGAGCUCAGAUAACGCUUGGAGAAGUUCCAAUUGCCGAUCAAAAGCAGAACCCCAUUCUUCAUAGCAUGAUUUCUGCUUUUGAGCUAGAGUUUGCUUCUCUCUCCAUGGAGUAACUUCCACAUUCACCUAGGUAUGAAGAACCCUAGAUUUGUAUGUUAGGUCUGAUUGUAUGAACCCAAGUAUGAAUCCAUUGAUUUGAUUAUAUUCAAUUGAGGUCUGAUUUGAUGAAUGGCAUGAAUCCUAAUCAAAUUCCUGUUGUUUCUGCUUUGACCUAGAAAAAGAAUAUAUGCCUAGGUUGAUAGAGCAUCCUUGAUUGAAGGUAGUGAAUCAACGACUUUAGUCGAGGAGUUAGUUCACUAUCCUAUACCGGAUUUACUUCGGUAGUGGAGGUUUGGUUCGUUAGGGCCUCAAUCUGUUUACUCCUGUGGAGGUUAGUUGCCCGCUGUGGACUCAGAUUGAGAGGGUCUUGAGACCUUUAGUCGAGACUGCAGACUGCAUAAGAACCUCCCGCAGUAUAACUAUCUUUGAAUUCGAACUUGGUAAAUUACAAUCUGGCUUAACUGCAGUAUAGGAGGAACCAUAUCCGGGUGACCUCUCUCAACUUGAAAACAACAUUUUACUGCUUUGUUGUUUGUUUGCUUAGACCUUCACUACACUUUCACUGCUAAAUAAUAAGAAUUCACGGAGUAGUCAUCAUACUUAGGACCCAGGUUGACAUUAAAACCCAAACCCGCUAUACUACGCACUAGUAGGUGGUUGCACUUGGCCAUUUUCUAGUGUGACGGUAAAGCCGAGUCACAAUUGCACCAUUCCAGGUCCAAUUGUUGGAUGUGAAAGACGACUAUUAUAUGCAGCAGUUUGGGAGGAAAGUGGUGAAUACCACUAUCGGUAAGGUGCUGGAGUCAGGCGUCCUUGCCUGUUAGGAUAAGGGUCGCUGGUUCGUGAAAGUCAAGGCUUUGAUUGAUUCCAAAAAACCGCUCUGGUCUCAGAUUAUGGCUACUAAUGAUGACACAUAGUGCUUCUGGGUUAGCCUGAAAUACAGGUACCUUCACAGCUUUUGCUAUCACUGUGGACGGGUGGGACAUUCACUCUGCGCGUGUACUUUUGACGCGCCAACCCGAAAAGAAAGGUUCGGACCUCAUAUGUCAACGAGGAAAUUGGGCACUCGGAUCUAUGACACUGAAGACCGUAAUCAGGCUUUCCCGAGAGGAGCUAAUUCGGUUUGGGUCAAUAAAGUUAUCGGGAACAGAGAAAUAGCAAGGAGGGAGCUGGGACUCAUAGUGAUCAUGACGGUGAGAUGCAGGCGCAGACCUAUAUUCCUCAGCCUCGACACCGUAACCAGAACUCGGGGGCUGCCAUUCCACAAGCGUCGCUAGUGACGCAGUGCCGCCAAAGUCCUCGAGGGUUCAAGGUGUCGAGGUCACCAAAAAUAUUGCUAGGCAGAUCCCAUAAUGCUGCUAUGCCUCGUGAUCAUGUUGAUGACGUCUGCAUAGGGCACGCCCCUAUGAGACGCAUCAAGCGAGAGAAAUGGGUGGACGUGGAGCCGGAGGAAUGCUAGACACAACCUAAUACUCAAUUGAAUGAUGCAAUGGAGUUCUUGGUGGUCGAUUUUGAAAGAGGGGAUGCCCAGUUUGUUGCGGAUCAUAGCAAGGUGAAGAUUCCACCUAUUGAAGUUCGGUGCCGGAAGCUAAUAUUGGAUGACUCUAAUGAGAAACCCAUCCUGCCACCUUUCUCAAUGAUGGAACCUGAAGCGGUCCGAGAGGAAAAUAAGAAGGGACGAAGGUUAGUGAAAAUGGAGGAGGUAAAGACUGCUAAUGAUCAUUUCCAGAAGCAUGCUACUCCCCGUCAUGCUAAGAAGUCGACAGGGUCGUCAACUCACCCGCAUGCUGCUGCUGGGGCUGCCCGCAAAAGCUCGGGUCAAAGCCGAUUAGGGAAGAAAAAAGGAAACUGAAAGGGUAAGGGUGGCAAGACUCUGCUGGUGGCGGACACCCAAGGUUUUGUGUCCCCAUUGGCGGAGAAGGGAAAUUUGGCAGUGGAAGUGCGCAAGAAGACUGAAGAACAGAUGGUCUCUGCAGCUUCUCUAUUGGAUGAGGAUGAGCUCCGCUUUGAGAUUAAAAGCAAGAGUACUCA